AUGCAGCGCUUGCUCCAGCCGCUGGAUAGCAAUCGAUCACACACGCUUUUGCGCCUGUGCUUGAAUGCACGUCCUCUGCAACUCACUGUGCGCGGCAAGAUUCUAGAAAAGGUGGCCGAUGUUAUGUUAACCGAUGAUGAUUCUCUCCAAUAUUCCCAGGGCCCUGUUCAAGGAGACCUGCGUGCCCACGCCAUACCCAAGCGUUUGCUGGAUCAGCUUUGCUGGCUAGAUACGGUGGCUGAACCCGAGGAGCUGCUUACAUCCCUCUUUGAAGAUGUUUUGCCGGUGGCCCCGACUCCCUUGCAAAAACACAUUUUGCAGCUGUUACCCGAAAUCAUUGACGACAGCGUCGCCGAUGAAGCCUUCAAGUGCAGCACCAAGCUGGUUGAAGGCAAUCCGCACCUUUUGAGCGCCGCACUGGACCUCUAUUCCAGCCUCAAGUGUUCGCGGCACGUGUUGGAUACUUUUUACGCCAAGAUUCUCGAGGAAUUGCCCAGCCUGCCCGUGGCUGUUAUGCCGGCCCUUGUUGCCUUCUUGCUCAGCCAUGCCGACAAGGACCCAUCAGAGGUGGUGGCGGCCUUGCGUGAGCAUGUGCACUUUGAGACACUGGGCGGUCGAGAGAAUGCCCAGGAGGCGUUGGUCGUGUCCACGCUCUCUAACGAACUCAACAUCAAUCAGCCGGUGGCCGCAGCAUGGAUCAAGCAAGUCCGCGAUACCAAGAGCUCAACUGACAUCAAGGUGGUGGACGUAGUCGUUCUCUUCAUCCUCCUGCAAAACCGUACACACCGCAAGCUGGCAGAGAAAGCCGUUGCUCGCUGCCUCAAAAAUGGUAUCUUGACUACAAAACGCUUGACGGAUGUUCUGACGGUCCACGCGGUGGUUUUGGAGACCUUUUUCCCGACACUGCUGGCGCUAGCCGAGUGGACCUUGCGGGCCAAGGCGCGCCCGUUGUGCGAGGCUGGUCAGCAGCUCUAUGCUUGCAUGUUUAGCCUCUUUGACGCCUUUUGUCAACAAGAGCAAGAGCCGUCUGGACCCUGCCCUUGCUGCCGUUCGUUCGAUCGAGUACUAUUGCGGGGCAUCUUUGAAGCCAUUCAAACUCUUUCGCUAAGUGAUGUACGCAAGUACUUUACUAUCCUUACUACCAUCACUGUGCAGCAGGAGGACUCGGAUGCCAUUGUCAAUGACGAAACCCAUAUACUUUUGCGCAAGCUCCGGGCAUCAGCACUGGCCUUUGGCGGCACAGAAGACGACGCAGAGGAGCUGCCAGAUGAGCGCCUCAUGAAGAAUCUGCUCCAGCUCUUGAACCUGGUCCCGCAAAAGUAUGAGUCGUGCCUGACCUCAGCCUCCGAACUCAAACCCAGGCCCCAUGACCACAGCCUCUGGCCAUGGACUCAUGACAUUGUGCUGCCAUCGCCCGUCGCACGCCUGGUGGUUCGCAGCAUUCGUCAGGACCCGGCCACGCUGAGUCUGUUCUACGAUGAGCUGGUAGCUGCAGUGUUGCUGCAGGCGUUUCCUCGUCCGAUGCUAGAGCGCAUUAGCAUGACCUUUACGGACGGCUUUGUGAGUCAGUUUCUGGUGGAAAAGUCGGUCAAAUUGACUUCACCCAUCGCAGGCGAGGACAAUCUGGAGCUAUCGCCGCAAUUCGGCCUCUCUGAGGAGGACGAGAUUGCGGCCUCAUUUCUGGAAGUGCUGCUUCAGCGCCAACGAGCCGAUGUUUUGAUGCCACUCUUUUCCCAGUUCAAGUUGAUGCAGAGCAUUCACAUGAUUCUCCAGGGCAACCUGGACCAGAUCGAUUCCAUCAACACCUGCCCCAUCUGGAUGUACAACGUGCAUGACGUGGACUUUGAGCGAAUGAGCAACGAGUACAAGGACUUUUAUUGUCAUGGAAUUUUGGCCUGCGUCAACUGGUUUCGGGAACUACUCAAUGCCUUUGCAGCAUUUGACACGGAGCAUGCGGUUCAGCGCAUGCGUCAGAUGAUCCAGUUGGAAGACCUUCUGGAGCGUUGCCUGACCAUUCACAGCGACUUUGUUCCCGUAGCGGCCCAUGCAGAAUUCCAGGCCGAGCUUGAGGGCAAACGGAUUGUUCCUAAUGCCCGCCGAGGCGGGGGUGGUGGUGGUGGUGGGGCUCUACCUCGCCGAUCAUCGUCGGCUCCAACCGCAACCGAUGCCGAGCAUGGCGAGGCCAGCCUUGACCCUGGUGAGCCGGGCACGGAUAUUGACGGCGCGCUCAAUCUACUCCCAACGGAUAUGGCAACUGGCCUACCGUGGGAGUUUAAGCGCUUUUUCAUGCGUGAGCUGGACCUCCGCGCCUUUACGUUGCUUCGUGCGGGCAGCCGCGAUUUGCUGGCGGAAGAGACGCCAGGAGUAAUGCUGCAACCGGCUGAGGUUCUUUAUCUGGCGGUCGAGCUGGAGAUCAAGCUCCGACGGGCUUUGCGCGCACGGCCACUCGCCUUUGCCUCGAAUCAGAGCCUGGCAGGUUACACCUUUGUACUGCAGCAGCCCGCCGACGUCAUUGCAGGCUUUGCCGUGGGAUUCACGCCCACCCUGUGCAACUUGGUCGAGGAAGCCGUCAGCCAGCUUGGUCAGCGGCAGCGGGCCCAGCUGACGGGUAGUCUUGGGGCCGAGUCUCUUCCCGAGGGUGAGGAUCCCGCAACACCCCACGGCGAUCCAACACAUGAAACUACGGCGCUGCAGCACAACCAGUGUAUUGUGCACGUGAUCAAGAUCUUUCAGCACGUGUUGCAGUGGGCGUCGGCUGGGGCUCACAAAGUGCACGCCCAGGACUUUCAACUUCAUCUGGCCGUGCGUGUGAAUCAGAAGGAGGAGAUGACCGAGGCUGAAGCUGCUUGCGGCGCCAUGGACUACUUGCUAGGCCUAUGCGAGACAGUUGUGUACGACGACGCCUUUGCCGGUCUUUUGGAAGUCUUGCAAGCCAUGCAUGCCAUCAGUGCCGAGCAUGAUGAGGAGAAUAUCUGGGCCCGUCGCAUUGCACAACAAGGCUUACGGGGGCUGCAGCGUUGCUGGACGAAGGACCCCAAGCGACCAGUGCGACCAGCACACUUGGCAACCAUGCUGCGCACGCUGCUUGCCUUGACGGAUGACGCAUUGGAGACUGUUGAUGACCUCGUCUGCAAUACCUUGCUGCCUCUGAUCACUGACUCGAUGGAUUCGAGCGCAACCGAGCCUAGUGCCAAGCGAAAGAAAGGGCUGAUGGUGUCAGAGGAGUACCCAACCAUGUGCAAAACAACCUUUUCCACUUACCUGCGUGAAUGCAUGACGGUCUUGGUCGACGUGGUUGCCAAGUCCGACAUCCUUCACUCUACCGGGCAACCUGUUAGCGCGGCCUUGAGUAAGAUGGACCAUAACACCCUCGAGGCUGUUCGGCAUCAACUGGAUCGCUUGACGACUGCCAACCAAACGCUAAGCUCUUGCAUCCGCUGCAUAGAGAGUGCAGCUGGACGAAAUCGUUCUGUGCUCCAAGUUCUCUACAAGUCAUCGCGGCAGUACCUUGAGCUGUUUGUCAAGCAUUGCACGCGUAUCUUGCAGCGCCUCUGCGGGCACAGCAAGGUGGAGCAGGACGUUGCGUUGACGGCACACGUACCUCCGCUACGUCGAGUGAUGGAUAAGCUUGUGUUUCAGACCAAGAUGCCCGUGCGCCAGAUGAGUCAGGAUGAUGCGGAGGACGAUGACGAAGAAGAGGAAGAUGAAGAUGACGAGGAGGAUGGCGAGGGCAAGGCACAUGAUGAUGAUGAUGAUGAUGGGCAUGGUCGUCGACCAGGCAAGGCACGCAUGAGCAACGUCAGCGCAAGCCGUGGAAAGCGUCAAGGUGGACGAGCCAGAGGGUCCGGCCAGGCGGGGAAAAUCAAGGAGAGACAGAAAGCUGCCAGAGGCCGAUCUCUGGUGCAGGACAUGGCUGACGGUUCUGAUGGAUCCGAGGAUGAGGAAGAUGAGAUGGAUGAGAUGGAUGAGAACCCCAACAACGCGAUGGCUGAAGUCGGCAGCGACAAUAGUGAUGCCGAAGUCAUGGAUCAGAGUGAUGAGGAGGAUACCGUCGAGGGCGGAGAGAAUAGCGAGGCUUUGGCGGGGCCGAGCUCCGAUGAGGAGCAGGAAGAAGAAGAAGAAGAUGAUGAUGAUGAUGAUGAUGAGGAUGAGGAUGAUGAGGAUGAUGAGGACGAAGGAGAGGGCGAAGAUGAGGACGAGACACUGGAGGUGCCGGACACCAAUGCUUAA